AUGGGCAUCAAGUUGAAACCAAAUAAAAACAAUCAAUGUACAAAAGCAGUUCAAAGGUUAAAAAAUAUGGGUUCUUAUAGAAUAAUGAAUGCACAUAUAUAUUAUUUUGAUUUUAUAUUCAAUCUCACUCCUUUGGGACGCAAACAGAAAAAGACUUUAAAUUUAUUACAUUCUGUUGUUGAUGAGAUGAUACAGCAACGCAUAGAUGAAUUAAAAAACGUGAAUACAAUCAAAAAUGAGAAAAACCGAACUUAUAGAACGUUUUUCGACAUUCAGAUGGAUGCAUGUCGUAAACAAAAUUUCACGCAACAGGAGAUUCACAAUAACGUAAUGACAAUGUUAUUAACGGCCAGUGACUCAAUCUCUAUUACGAUGAAUUUUGUUAUUUUCAUGUUAGCAAAUUUUCCAGACGUACAAGAAAAAGUAUAUCAAGAACUAUUGGAAAUUUAUGGCACGAAAACUAUAAAAUUUGCACCAAUUAAAUACGACGAUUUGCAACAUAUGCAUUAUUUGGACCGAGUUAUCAAGGAAACAUUGAGAAUUUUCCCUCCUGCUCCUUUAAUUGGACGACGAGUAACGAAAGAUUUAAAAAUAGGAGAGGUUGUUUUACCAAAAGGUGCAGAUAUUAUUAUAGGAAUUCUGAAAAUACAACGGGACGAAGAAUAUUGGUCAAAUCCAAUGAUGUUCGAUCCUGAUAGAUUUCUCCCAGAAAGAAUAAAGGAUUGCCAGUUAUGUUAUCUCCCUUUUAGUGAAGGCCCAAGAAAUUGUAUAGGUAUGAAAUAUGGAAUGAUAUGUUUGAAAGUCAUGGUAGCAACAUUGGUACGAACAUUCAUAUUCAAAGUAAACAAAAGCAUUGAAACAUACCAAAUUAAAUUAAAAUUUGGAAUAUUAUUGUCUCCUGAAAAGCCUUUAAAAGUCAAAAUUGAAAAGCGAUGCUUUCAAUAAAACAGUAUAAAGAUGUAUUGAACAUAAAUAAGUAAAAAAUAUUUCAUGUGGGUACCUUGAUUC